AUGCCGUAUGAUGCACAUAAUCCGCUCACGGUUUCACUACCUUAUAACUUUGUCAAUGUUCAAGACUACCCCACCGAGGUUAUGGCCAAUAGGUUCUCAGCAUGGAGGGCUAUAAUCAAGGAAUUGCUCAACUAUUUCAAAGAGUAUGCUACGGCACAAGAAGAAAGCAUAAAGCAACAAGCAAGGCUUCAACAAGCACUUGGUGUCACUGCAAGACAACUUCUACUGUUACCUUCUAACAACAAUAGCAGCAACAACAAUCCUGGCUCGCCAAAUAUUGGUGCCGGUAUUCUUCAUCAUCAUGGCAACAACAGCAGUAAUGGUAAUAGUAACAAUGGCAAUAUCCAAAACAUUGGAGGUAGUGGUGGAAUGUCUCAAGAAGUUGAUCUUAUAUCGAAAUUUUUCCUCCCUGUAGGUAAUGGUUCCGUUCAAGACGUUCCAAAUGUCUUGUUCAAGUACCAUCAACAAAACGUUACCUUUGCCCAAAAGACGUUGAAAGAUAUCAAUGCAGUCAUAAUUCCCAAAUUGGAAGAGUUAAGAAAAGACUUGCUACUCAAGAUCAAGGAGAUCAAAAACUUGCAAAAUGAUUUCAAAAACAAUUUGGCUAGAGAGUUGAGCGAGACAAAACUGCUCAUUGGACAGUAUAACCAAGCAAUUGAUAUGGCUAGUAAACUAGACCCUGAUCAUAAAUUCCAUAAUGAAGGAGAACAUGGCAAAUACGACCCUUAUCUAGUCAAAAUUAGAUUAGAUAGACAAGUUAAAAAACAAUUGCAAGAGGAGAAUUAUCUUUACGAUGCAUAUUCGAAUCUUCAAAAUGCAGGUAAACAAUUGGAAGGUAUUGUUGUUGCCGAGAUACAAAAUUAUAUCUCCAUGUUUGUUAACUUACUAAAGGAUGAAAACUCAACGUUCAAUAAUUAUUUGUUUCCCAAUUUAACUGAAGGGUUCCUUGCCAAGGAAUAUAACUUUGAAUGGAAUGCAUUCAUUGAAAGAAAUUUACCCUCAAACAAUCUUAGUGUUAGUGCUGUGGGUAACCAAACUACUUCAUCGGUAAAAAAUGGCACCUUUAUUGAUUUGGACAUUCCAAAGAGACACUUUCACGAUCUCAUCAUCAAGAACAUUGACUCGAAUUUAAACGCUGCGGUACGUGAAGGAUUUCUUGAGAGGAGAUCAAAGUUUCUCAAAAAUUAUUCAAGUGCGUGGUAUGUUCUUACAUGUUCAUUUAUUCAUGAGUUCAAAUCCAAUGAUCGUAAGAAAGAUCCACAUCCUGUGAUGUCUUUGCCCUUGGACUCAUGUGCAGUUAGUGAUCAUUCCAAAAAUGAUGGUAAAGUUGAUGGUGUUUACAAGUUUAUUCUUACCUCGAAACUGGCGAAUGCAUUAAUGCACAAGACUCAUAAAUGGGUGUUUAGAACAAACACAUACCAGAAUAUGAUUGAUUGGUUCGAUGAUAUUAAAAAAUUAACUAGUUUACCUACCCCUUCGGCGAGGGCAAGGAUUCUACCCAAUAGAUCUCGUGAGGAUGUCAACUCAGCGGCGUUGGCACAAACCUUGUCAGGCAACUCUUCGAUUCGUUCCCCAACACGUUCGUUAAGAACAAUUGAUUCCAAUAACUCAGCUGCACGUUUACAUAGAAGCGGGACUAAAAAUACUUCAGUAACAAGGCCAAUCUCUCAGGGGACCUCGAUAGCCAAUGCAAGAAGGUUAUCAUCAACGUUUUCGCAAAAACAAUCGCCAAGAUUAGCAAACAUGGUCAAUAGUGAUGGAACUUUAAUUACUCCAGUUGACACUUAUGCCGAUGUGAAACGCAACAAGAGUCAAUUGAGUCAUACCGGAUACGUUCCUGAAGAAAAUGACCAUCAUCAACUGGAAUUGAGUCAACAGCAGCAGCAGCAGCAGCAACCGCAAACACAGUUACAACAACCACAGCCACAGCCACAGUCACUGCAACAGCAAUUGCAGCCACAGCAAAGUUUGCAAGAACAAGAGCAACAAUAUCGUCAAGCGCGCAGCCAGCUGCCUGUCCACUACCAGCCUUACCAUUUGAUUCCGGUUGAUAGUUUUAACAAUAGUAGCAAUCUUCGUCCUGAAUCUCAUGCUGAACAGUUUUCACAACAUCAGCCGCUGAAUUCAAUCUCAGCACCAAAUGGUAUGCCAUAUUACAUUCCACCUAGUUCGCAACCCCAACAAUUUUAUGAUCCCGUGCAACAUCAGUACUAUACCAUAACACCUUCGGUUCCAAGUCAAUCUAUUUCUAGAACCCAAUCAAUGCAACAUCUGACGCAACAUCCAUAUGGACAGCAAUCACAGCAACAACAGCAACAACAACAACAGCAAGUUGGUACACCUCAACCACAAUUCUUUCCAAGCUCACCUCAGCAAGCUAAUGUAGCAUUGAGUACUUCUCCCAUGAUGCAACCAUUUGGUUCUGCAUUUUUCCAAAACUAUCAACAGCCAGGCCAACAACAGCAGCAACAGCAACAGCAACAACCUCAACCUCAACCUCAAUCUCAGCAGCUAUUCCAACAGCAAAAAUCUGAUGUGCCAUACCCAAUGUCACCAGAUGGGACUGUUAAUGGCAAGGCUGAGAAUGGCGAAGCAGAAGGUAAUGUAAACCAUGUUGUAGUCAACAAUCAAGAGCAUUCGAAUGGUAAUGGAGAUCAUGACAAUAUACGUGCUCCCUUAAACGCGGCAAGGCAAUUAUCGGCCGAUGAAGUGUCAACUUUAAAGAGUUCAAAUAUUGCUGCUCCUCACCAACAGCAUUCAGAACAUUCUGAGCAUGCUGACCAUGGAUUACCCAAUGGCAACGGAGAUAUCAAUAUAGUCAUUACUAAGGAUGAAUAA